CGAAUAUAUUAGAAAAUAAGAAUGUGCUCUGGGUACAAUCAAAGUUAACAAUCGAGGUUUGUGAUAUAAGUUGAAAUUGUUAUGUGGUUCUUUGAAGGUUGUCGAAAUAUUUGAAGUGAAGACACAGUGUCGAAAAUGAUCAAACCUAUUUUCAAAAUGUUUGAGGGCAGUAGCCCUCAACUACUAGCGGUUUUAGCAGGAACCAUUAACGCUUUGGCCGACGGUAUGCAAUAUGGUUGGACAUCCCCAUCAAUUCCAAUCUUAGUGUCUCCCGAUUCACCAGUACUAAUCACAGCAAGCGAUGGCGUUUGGUUGGAAUCCAUUUAUAUGCUUGGUGGAAUUGCAGGGCUACCAUUUUCGAUUUACCUAGUUGACUACAUUGGAAGGAAGAAAACAGUACUCACCUCUUCAGUAGUUGGUCUGUGCGGUUGGAUGCUCAUUGGAGCCGGAACAAGUGUCAAUCAUCUUUUCAUUGGAAGAUUUCUCUUAGGAAUUACAGCAGACAUAGCCUUCAACGCGUCACCUAUGUACAUUUCCGAAAUAGCUCAUCAAAAAAUACGAGGUUUUCUAGCUGGCAUAAUUUAUCUCAUGAUGCUGUUUGGUAUUGUCGUGAUGUAUUCGAUAGGAACUUUGGUAUCCAUUCAAACUACAGCAAUAGUUGGUGGAUCUCUCCUUCUAUCCCAAUUCAUUGUAUUCCCUUUCAUGCCUGAAUCUCCCUAUUAUUUACUCUAUGUAAACAAGGAAAAACAGGCGAAACGAGCCUUGGAAAGACUUAGAGUUGACGACGACGUAACCAAAGAACUGGAGGAGAUCAAGAUGGCAGUGGAGAGACAGAAAACUGAGAAAGGAAGACCCCUUGACCUCUUCUUGGUCAAAAGCAAUAGGAGAGCUUGCGUUAUAGUCAUGCUACUGAACAACACUCAACAUUUUGUGGGUAUAACGGUCCUUAUAAUGAAUCUCCACGAAAUUCUGAAUCAUGCAGGUUCUGACUUGCUCAGUUCUACGACGGCUGGGAUAAUUUUUGCUUCGUUAAUGUUGAUAGCAGCAAGUGCGGCAACCUUCACUGUGGACAGAGUUGGUAGGAAAAUACUCUUGCUGAUUUCGGGUAUGCUAACAAGCGUAAGCUUGUUUACUAUUGCUGUAUAUUUCCAUCUGCAGCAUCUUCAAAUGAACCUGACUAGGUUCAGCUGGAUACCCAUGAUAUCGGUUAUGUUCUAUGCUCUUACAUUCAAACUUGGUUUGGGUAUUGUGCCUAUAGUCACUACAGCUGAACUAUUCCCCGCUAGAGUCAAAGGUUGGGGAUUGGCUGUGUCCGACUUGGUAUACGUAGUGUCCUCCUCAAUAUCCAUCUAUGUUUAUCAGUGGUUAUCUGGUUCUUUCGGAAUGCACGUAUCAUUUUACUUUUUUGGUAUUUACUGUAUAGUAUCGACUGUUCUGAUAAUAACUUAUGUACCUGAAACCAAAGGAAAGACGCUGGAAGAAAUACAGAUGAUUUUGAAGAGGUAACAUUGGAAGCAUGAUCUGAUCCUUGAUUUUUAGUUUUUAAUAAGAUAAUUAAUUUAUGGACAAUUUGAUAUUUGUACAGAUGUGAUCUGGUUGUGAGUUCUGAGCUUUGUAUCUGAGUGAUAUUUUAUUAAUUUUCUAUUUGAGUUUGUAAAUAAAAAUAUGACGACAA